AAUUCGAAUCUGGUUUCGUAAAGAGGAAUUUUACUGUUGUUGCGGAAAAACAAGUAAUAGUUUCCCUUGCUUGCUUUGUAUUUUGAAAAUUGAGUUGUUGCGAACCAGCCUGGUGGUGUCUCUCUUGGCGGAUUCUCCUAGAACCAACUCCCUUCCGGGCUGGAUUUUCCCCAUAACCGUCUCCACCCGGUCCCCCCCUUUUCAGCCUUUUUUUUCCAUAUAUUUGCAAUGCCCAGAUAAGCUCUCAAGGGGUGGAGCUGAGAAGGCUGUUGAUUGGUAUUCAGGGUUGAGGAGAUACAGUCUGUCAGGUAAGCACUGGGUCUGCGGAAGUUCAUAUAUAUACUUAAAAGUGUUAGUUGCGUAUGUUGGUUUGAAGAAUAAGGUGGGCACUAAGAAGUCCUUCAUUGGUAAUUGAAGGGUUGGAGCCUCAGUCAAUCUGGUUCAUCAGUGUUAUAAUCUUCUCCAGUUGAUGAUAUAGUGCUGCUAGUUCCUAUUUCAACAUGAACAACUCAUAUGAUGAAGAUUAUGAUGAAGCAACUGUUGCGGGAUUUGAAGUUUUAAGAUCACCUGAUUCAAGUUACAACAAUAUGUAUCCUGGGAAUGAAGAUGAGUCACGGGAUCCACCAAUUGUCCCUCCACACCUGCAACAGACCUUACUUAGUUACCCAGCAAGUAGAGACACUGCUGGAACUCUUCCUUCGCCCCCAAACGUGACCCUCAACCACCUUUACAUUGAGAAUCGGGAGAGCCCCCGGUCUGUGGUCGCACUUGGGUUCACUCAUCGCUUUCGUUCAAAAUUUGUUACCGUUGUGCUUUAUAAACCAGUUCAAAGAAGGGGGGCUAGCAGCACUUAGAACAUGCAUAUUAGGAUACACCUAUAUUAGAGUUGGUUAUGUCUAGUCCUUAUAUUAUGAUCCAAUUAGUGGUAUAAACCCAAAUGAAAAACUAGUGGUGAAAGGUAUUUAUCGCCUUACAGAAACUCAUGAAUUUAGGCCUGUUCAACUUCUUUGUAGACUUGAAAUGGAUAAUAUAGUCUGCAGGGUAGAUCUGCUAUAUUCUGAAGAGCAUUUAAGUAUUCUUUCCAACUAUUAUACGAAAUGGGGUUGGCUGAGCCCCUACAUAGCGAUCAAAAUUGCUAUUUCAAAUC